AUGAACGAACAAAACAAGCCACUUCUUACUAUUCACGAUCUCCUGGCGCGCGAGGAGCCAAGCCUACGACGUGCCAACUUACCAUUUACCUACCGGGUUAUCGCCUAUGUUGCCACUACCCAUGAAUUGAUGAGGCGCUUCUAUAUAGACAAGCCGGUGGGGCUUUUAAUAAAGUCAAGCGGCAUAUGCGAGGGGGCUGUCAAGCCAUAUUUUUGCUUCAUACAUGGCAUAGUCAACAUUUCGAUCAUCCUUAUGCCCACAUCAUUUGCACAAGGUCACGAGGAGAUCUCAUACCUUUGUUCGUGGAUUCUCACUAUCAGUCUAUUGCCAGCUAGUUUCUAUACUAGGUGGGAUGAAUGGAGGCUCUUGAAGGAGGAACUAGAGGAGGAGAUAGAGGCGCACGUCAACUAA